AUGGCUUCGGAGUCGGACCAGUCGAAGCAGUAUCUGCUGCCUCCCUUGUCCGAGUUGCUUCCUCGAGACACCAGCGCCGAGAAUGACAACAACCACACCGAUUCCAGUGAAUCGACCCGCAUUUCGUCCUUUUGGAACCCGUUCGAUCGCAGCGUCUCGCCGGACCGCGACUAUAUCCGCUACCAGCCAGCCUCCGCGACAAACGAGAACACCAGUGCGCAAGAGGAACCGCAGGACCAUGAAGAGCCCCAGCACCGUCGCCAGGUCUCGUUUGGAUUGGGAAUUGCCAAUUCAUUUCCACAGUCGCCCUACCAGCCCCCUGACGAUACCGACGAUGGCGAUCUAGCUACCAAGUCGCUGGGCCGGGAGUCCUCAGGGCCGUCGCCGCUACAGUACCAAACAUCCCAGACCACGCUCCUACCACACUCGCCGGCCGGGAACUGUCCAACGCACCAGGGGGUCGUGCAAAAGCGACUCUCGUGGGUCCCCAUUACCAUCUUCGUGCUGGCAGUCUACGCGACCAUCUUCUCGGGGAUCUACCUGGUGCUCGCGCUGGUGAAACCACGGUAUGGCAAGAGGAUCGGCGAAGACGGGGGCCUGGCGCCGUCGACGGCGAAUCUGCUGAGCGCGCUGUUCGCCAAAACCAUCGAACUGGCAUAUGUCACGGUCUGCGUCGCGUUCCUGGGCCAGGUGCUGAGUCGGCGCGCCAUCACCAAGGGAUCGCGCGGCAUCUCCAUCUCCGACAUGAGCAUGCGCGCCUGGAUCAUGCAGCCCGGCUCGCUGAUCGUGCACUGGGAAACGGUCCGAUACUCGGCGCUGACCGUGCUGGGCAUGAUCACGUUGACCGCGACCCUGGUGGCGAUGCUCUACACCACGGCUGCAGAGGCGUUGGUGUCGCCUAAGCUGCGCAUGGGGCCCGUCGAGCCGCGCAUGCUCUCCGGCAACGUGUCCACCGAGUUCGCCAAUCCGUAUUACCUGAAAGCGCGCUGCUCCACCCCGAUCACAGCGGCAGUGGACCCGGUCUACGUGGGAGAUACCUGUCUGGACAUGGUCCUCGUCGGGCAGGCGUACCACGACUACCAGGCCUACAUCGCGGAAUGGGGCAAUUGGCUCCGCGAUGGGAAUCUGACCUCGACUAAUCUGCGCUCCAGACUGGCCCCGACGGGCUCCUUGUAUGAUAACACCACGGUGACGGGCAGCUGGAUCGACGUCACGAACAUCACCGAGGUGUCGCAGAAAUAUGGCCGGAUGGUCAACAACAUCACGGCCGCGAUGCCGCAUGGCGGAAUCGUCGCCGCCGCCACGAAUCCAGCCAACGGCAUCCGAAAGCCGGUGGAGGGAACGGGCGAAGCCAACUUUGAGAUCGAGGCGUCCGUGCCCUCCCCGGCCGUCAACGUGCUCUGCGUGGGGAUGACGGCGGACGAGCUGACCCCGCUGGUGUACAACGAGUGGCCGUACAGACCUAGCUUCAAUCCCGUUACCUGGGACUUCAAGACUUACAAGAAUAUUCCCGGCGAUUGGUACAACCGAACGGUGGUCGAUGACAUCUUCGGAUGGGCCCCCGAGGCGGGACGCUUCCCUCCAGUGUUCGGCAAGCUGCCCAAGGCCUACAACACCAUCAUUAACUCCACCGGUCCUUGGCCGACCAGCUCAAUCUACAUGUUAGGGGCUGCGCCGGAGGAGAGCAUGACUCCUCCUUAUGUAAUCUGCUCUCUGAAAGCGAAGCUAUCCCCCGUCUGUUCCACCAAGUACUCCGCAACCGCCAGCGGGGGCAUCCUGCGGACCAAUUGCGAGAACCCGUCGAACCCCAUGCAGUUCAACCGGCGCAACCAGAGCGCGGUCGACGGCGAGUGGGACGGCAACUGGAAGAACGUCGCCGACGAGUGGGCUCGAUCCAUGAGCUUGAAUUCGGGCAUCACCGACGGCCAAGCCAGUAACGCCCGCCUGCUCAUGCAGUUCAUCCCGACACUCGACGAGCGGACCGGGGCGUAUGCGCUGGAUCCCAGGCUGCCGUCGAUUGGAGAAGCCCUAGCCGUCAUGGUCGGGAACACUCUGAUCCUUAGCUCCAUGAAUUCGCCCUUUGUCCAAUUUUUCAACUACACCAAGGCGGCAGAGCCGCCCUAUGCACUGCUUGAGCCGGUCCAGCAAUACUUCGAGGCGACAGUGGGCGCUAGGGGUUAUGCGUCCGGGGGCACGGAGGAGUGGCAGAACCUCUUCUACGUGAUCCUGGUGUUUGCCUUCCUGACCAGCGCCAUCAUUCUGGCUUUCAUGCUGCUCGAGGUUCGGGGCCGGCAGAUCACCGACUUCACCGAGCCCCAGAACCUGUUCGCGCUGGCAAUGAAUAGCCCAGCCUCGACGCAGUUGAAAGGUGCAUGCGGUGCGGGCCCUCAAGGCCGGCAGCUCAGUGAGCGCUUCUGCGUCGCCAUGGAGGAGGAUGACGAGCACUACUAUAUUCGAACAAAAGCCGAGGAGCAUUCAGAUCAGCCAUCCAUGGCACCCGCUCGUUCUGUAGUCUCACUGGAGGUCGACGAUGUCGCUAAGCCCGUGAGUCCGGCCAUGGCCGAAUACCGGCGAUUGUCGUCGAAAAGCAGUCUUUUGUCGAGAUUUUAUUAA